AUGUCUUCGAUUUCCUCGCGCCAGUCGCUUGCUGCACGGUUGGCAUUCCUUAGCAACACUGAACGGCCAUUGUACCGUCUCCCAAACGAGAUUGUUUAUCAAAUAGCUUCAGAAAUGACUACUGGUAUUCAGGAUGCUGGAGAAAUACGUCUUGGAUAUCUCGAAGAACUCGGAAACUAUAGAACCUAUGAAAGCCCUUUCCCCAAUGAUACCAGGCAACGCGACGACUUAUGCAGCAUGGCACUGUCUUGUCGUCGGCUCUCCAAACAAGCGCAACGGGUGCUUUUCAGAGACAUCAAGUUGUGUACGAGGUGGAAGAUAUCUGCGUCUCACUCAGUUGGCAGCUACGACCAUUACGCAAAUCUUCUUCGCACCCUUAACGAUCGCCCUGAUCUAGCACAACAAGUCAGACAUCUCUCAAUUGAUUUGUCACAUCAACAUAAAAUAGCACAAGGUCAAUUCGCUGCGACUGCUGAGGGUCGGAACAUCAUGUCGCUUGGACACGGAAUCAUCGCCGACCUUGGCUUUUCAAGACCACGGAAAGUCAUCUGGACACGGGACCUCCUCGACGGUAGACCGGGCGCGAUUUGCGGAGUCAUUCUCGCACUACUGCCGCAGCUUUUGACGUUGGAACUUCGGCAAAAGGGCGCUGAAUCGCCUGAAACUAUUGGGCCCAUGUUUGGACAGUAUAUGAGUGGACCUUCUCCAAAUUUCAGAUUGUUAGAUGUCCACUACAACGACCGCAUACUACGUCUCUACAACAUGCGUCUCUCUGGCCUCGAAACCCUUCAAGGGUUUUCUAGGUUGCGGUGCCUUCGCCUCACAACUCGAGCACUCCUAUUCGCUUAUGGAUUGCGCUUCCUUCCGCAGAUCGAAAAUCUCGAAAUUCAAAUAGACUUCAUAGAUCGGUUUUUAUUUCCCUUUCCAGACCCAUCGCUGGACUCGCUGCUGGAUUUCCAGCAUAUCAAGACCGUUCAUCUCGACGUUCGACUGGUUCCAAUCAAGGCACGCUGCGCUGAGCUAAGGAGCUUCUUAAAAUACUUCAUACCAUCACUUCCGUCCCUCACCGCAGUAACCUACAUGGGAGACAUAUCGUGCAACCCUUUCGAGUGGAAGAAUUUUGCUUCAAAGAUGCUAUAUGUCCUGUUCUUUCAUCUGAUUAGGCACCUCCCACAAUCAGUACAUAUACUCUCCCUUCCGUGUGGGUACUGGUGUUCACCACACCGCACUCUCAGACGCUUGGCUAUACCGCUGAAACGGCUACAGCAGCUGCAACACUUGGUCGCACCUCAUUGUGCGCUGAUCAGUGAUGCCAAAUUAGAACCAAUAUUGUCAGAGGAUGGGAACAUGGAUUUCCUUGUAGCCUUGGAGGAGUCAGGAUCGGCAGGCCCAGGCACAAGUAUGACAGCAGAGCAGGCUUCGAAACCCAGUGAUAUCCAGGCAGUCAUGGGUUACUUCCGGGAAUGGGCUCGGAUAGAAGACAUCGACAACUGGCCAGCUGCCCCACCGGAUAUCUCUAAACACUUAGAAGCGAGGCUGUUCGAGGCUGCCGCCUCUCCACUCGCGAUCCUACCCUUUACGCUGCGGACCUUAGUCAUACGAAGCGCAAAUCACGAAACCUACCUCUGGAUCCAAGAGCUUUUUGCCUAUACCCAUACGCACUUCAAGCACCUCGAGAGCGUUGAGCUUGUUUUCGACACGUACGACCCAGAGGCGGAUAUGCGUGGAGAUUGGGUAUGCUACACAUAUGUGAAAAACCUCCAACACGACUUCACCAUCGGUACAGGUGUCAAGCUGGUGCUGACAUAUGGUGGCGACCCUAACGUUACUGAAUCUGAAGACGAAUAUACCAGUAGCCAAUACGCAUCUUCAGCUUCGGACGAAAUGGAGGUUUCUGAGCAAGAGGAGGAAGAAGACACUGACAGCCACAAUGAGUCCGAGGGAUCAGAAUGGAUAGAAAGCGAGGGUGGGUCAGAUAUUGAAGACGAGGAGCCCUAUUGA